AUGUUACGUUAUGUCUAUCGCUGUGCGGGAAAUGUCUAUCGCUGUGCGGGAAAUGUCUAUCGCUCUGAUGAAGCCUGGCAUGAUCUUUGUCAUUGCAGUUAUAAUCCAGAUCUAGACUGUGAUCCGUUUGGGGAGGACGGAAGUUUGUGGUCCUUUAACUAUUUCUUCUACAACAAGAAGCUGAAAAGAAUUGUCUUCUUUACGUGCCGCUCUAUCAGUGGAUACUCCUAUAAGCGGGCUGACUUUGGUUCAGAGUUGGAUAUGGAUCUGGAGGAGGACAUGGAAGAUGAGUGCAGCCACAUCGGAGGAGACCGGCAGUCCAUGAUGUGCACCUAACAUGUUGCAGGCAGUCCAU